AAGCUAGUAUUUCGACCUCAAGUAAUUACGAAUAAGCACAUCUUCACAAAUUUUACUCCAUCAUUCUACACAAACCAAAAUAUUGUUUUAUUAUAAAAUAGAAGUAUUUUUACUUCCCUAUUUUACUAUGGCUCGAACGAAUGUGCUGCUGCUGAGCCAGAUAGCGGGCUAUGUGAUCGGGCUUAUCCUCUCACUGUGUGUCGUCGUACCUAUGAGUAUGCACCAGGAUGAGUUCAAUGGUCACUGCCUGCUGUUCUCACGAGGAGAGUGGCAGGAGGACGAUGGCCAGCUGCUGGUGUCAUGGGCGUCCACUGCGUACUGUCACUACGUCACCGUCGUCGGAAUUCUCAUGUUCAUAGUAUGCUGCAUACAGAUCUACAGGCUAUCAGUGUUCAUGUACAAAGGCCUGGACAGCUCAUUCCUCUCAGCAUUCAAUGAGGCGGUUGGCUGCACUGUUAUGUGUGGGCUGGCUGUGUCAUCUGCUGUACUGGUGACCCUCGGCUUCAUGGGCUGGUGUGAGAAAAUUACGGAGCGCUUCCCAAGUUGCGAGGAUGCAGCUGGACAGGACAUUGACAAGAAAGACAAGCUCAAUACCAGUGGGUUUUAUAUGGAGAUUGGUACAGUGCAGUUUGGUGCGUGGGCAGCUUUCGCGAUGUGGGUGGGCUUGGCGGUAUUCUCGACACUGAAGGUGUGCCGCUACCACCAGCUGGAGAACAUCCAGGUGUCCAUGUACCGCGAGCGUCAGCGGCUUGUUAACGAGAGCAGCAGCCCGACCGCGCAAGAGGGACGCUCCACACCGCCGCUGGAGCGACAGUAGAGGGACACAGUGGAGUCUAGCAUGAAACUGUCGCCUUCUAGUCCAGUACAAUGUAUGGGAUUUCAUUAGCUCCAUUUGCGCUGUUUGAGGCGAAUUAUUCGACUUCCAUUCAAUAUUUCCUGGAACUCAAUUGUUCAGAUGUGUGGGCUGUAGGUUGAUGCUAGACUUCACUAACCUUCUAUCGCAUUUACAGUGUCCGAUGAAAGAUAGGGAACCAUCCAAUUCAAAUUUUCGAGUGGUUAUAUUGUGCUGCAUUCAUAACCACUUUAAAUGAAAAUCUCUGUAUGAUUUUUUUGAAGAAGACCAAGGGGAUUUUUUUAACAAGAAACUGUGAAUGGAAGUGAGGAGGUAACAAAUUACUCCAUAAAGUGGGAGUACAAAGAGGUCUAGACUCUAUUCUAGACAGCAGCCCUAACAUCAUAUAUGGUCCUUGAGCAAACUCCAUCAUUAAUGUUAGCAUCAAAUCCAUGAUUAAAAAAGAUUUUGCAUUAGGACUCUGACAAACCGUCCCAGUCCUAAGUUAAUGUGAUAUUUGUGUAAAUUAAUAUUUUUAUGUUACUUUUGUGUACAAAUUGCGUAUUUAUAUGUAAAUAGAUGUAAGUAGUUGUUACUAUACAGUCGUCCAGAUCUCACGAGUGUAUAAUACAGGGUGUUAGCGACAUCGUAACGAAAACUUUGAGAGAUGAUUCAGACCCUGAUUCUGAUUUGAUAUCAAGUGGAAUUUUCCGUCGCCAAAAGUAUGAAACUGAAAAUAAUUUAAAAAAACACUAAAAUUUUAAUGAAAUUUCCGACAGGAAAUUCCACUUCAUAUCAACUCAGAAUCAUGGUCUGAAUUAUCCCCAUUUGUAUUCAUUACAAUGUCACUAACACCCUGUAUAUUGUGGAUUUUGUACAUCCAAGUGAUUUAUUAUUUAUUUCUUUUAUUAAACUAAUAUUUGAGUACAGAAUUGGUUUCAGCCUGAAGCAAUUAAAUAAAUAUCAUAUCUGGACAUAACUUUAGUGUAAGUUAUUAUGAAUAAAUUGAAAUAAAAGAAUUCAUUCAAA